GUUCAUCGUCGUGAGACUCCUCCCUUCUCACCGUGACUUGAUGCUCAUCCCUGAGCUGCAGCACCCCAGUCGAGCCAGAACGGAGCAAGCGGAUGGGCCACGUCGUGAUCCUGAAAGGCCACGCGUUCCGAACCUGGCACGCGUUUCUGUUCUACCUGUACAUGGGCCAUAUCCGCUUUUCGGACGCAAAGUCUGCGGCAAAACGCGUGCGCGCUGCGCCCGCGUGUUCAGCGAAAUCGAUCUACCUGCUCGCUGAUCAGUUUGGCUUACCCGAGCUCAAGAGCCUCGCGUUCACGGCUAUCUGUGCACAGCUGUCUGUGAGAACGAUCGUCAAAAACGCGUUCUCGCAUUUCACCUCGUGGCACCCGGAGGUCCAGGACGUGCAGAUCGAGUUUCUUUUAGCGCAUCUUCGUGAAGUCACGGACGACAUGGACCGGAUGCUCAGAUCUCUCUGUGAGGCGCCGAGUGGGCACUCUGUUGCAGUUUCCCACAAGGUUUUCUGGAAAUUGGCCCUGGGAGCCCAAUUGAUCACCGCGCUUCCGAUUGCAGCUGGGGGAGUUUGUCUUGAGCCUCCCAUUUUGACCUGUCCUGUCGCUCCGACUCAUGAUGACACGGCUCUGCCACCGGAUACUUUGCCAAUCCCUUCUGCAAUUCCAGCUCUUUCUGCCGUAGUGGCCUUCAGCGGGCAAGAACCAUCGAUUCAAGAAGAGCAGCCGGAGCGCUCUGAUGUAUCCGGAUCCUUUUCCACUCAAGGCAAGAGGAAGAAGAAAGGAAAGCCAGUCAUAUGGGAUUGAUAGAAUGAUACCUGAAGAUGCAACGAUCCUGUUUUUUUUAUUCGAUUCGGAAAUCAGGAUUGGGAACAAUUAUCAGACAUGGUGACGCCUGUUGUUCAAAGGUAUGAAGCGUGAUGUAGUCGUAUUCUAGAUGAAGAAAUGCCGCCGCAACCAUCUGAAUUAAAGUCCCCAUGGCGUGAGGAUUGCUCCGAGCUCUGGCUUAGCGGUGGGGUAUCUUGGGCAGCCUGACACUGGGGUCAAGACAACUAAACUGGACCCUCUCAACGCAAGAAUCAGGUGCUCGUACUCGUGAGACACAAGCACUCCACACAGAAUUUUCUCAACUCAUCAAUGCAACCAAGAAUGCGGGGAGCGCUCCGGGAAGCGAGGGGCACGGACCCCCAACCCCGCGCCUUGAAGUCAUGGAUGGCGUCGACGGUGCGAAUGUAUGUAAGUAGUGACAGGACGCAUCAACAAGCAAUGAUGGGCACCUCAAAGCGCCUCUUUGUCUCUGGCGCCAACCGAACGCCAGGAAUGAUACCAGCGGCGAGCUUUGUCUCCAUGUGUGACGUCCGACGUAUAAAGCAGAGCCCGUGGCCUCCUUGAUAUGAACUCCUCUUCCCUUCCGGUCUUUGUCGCCAGCAGCCCUGGUCAGCCGUCCAUGCAACACAGCGCCAACUCGCGGAAAAGGGCUGACAGUGAGGGCUUGGGUUCGAACCCUCUUUCCGUUCAAAGUGGGCCGGCGAUCAAGAAACUCUGCUCGCAGCCGCUCGUCUCUUACCAUGCAUUGCACAGAACGAGCGCCAGGCUGGCCCGCAAACGCAUCAACCACCCGUACUCGGCGGCGUACAUCUCACACUCCCGCGACUCGCAAGCGUAUCUGGAACCCUGCCUCGAGGAACCCGACACGCGUAUCCCCAUCCUCAUCGAAACGAACUGCGUUGAUUUCCGUGGGAGUGGGGAUGAUGAUGACGACGACGACGACGACGAGCCUUGCCCUCGCUCUCGGUUCUCGCCGUGGACCCCAUCGCCUGUGCCGGACAGCUUGAGCGUCUCGAACGCAAGCUCGCCGUCCUCUCCAUCAUCCUCCUCCUCCUCCUCCUCCUCCUCGUUCCUUGACCUCGAUUCGCCUCUCCCCUGGGAGCACGAUACACCGCCGCCCCCAACCCCUUUCCCGCCAGCAUGGGACUGGGAGACGUCCUUGGCGCUCUCGAUGCUACGGCACGAAUCAAAAGCGCGGCACUGCGGUCAGCUCGCCCAUCCUCGACCGGGGCACGGGUGGCCUACGCUCGUAGAAGAUGUGCGGCGGUUAGAAAGCAUGGCCAUGGACAUCGUCGCGGAGAGGGAGGGGCUGACGUUGACAGAGAUCCACGAAGCAGAGGAUGAGCCAGAGAAUGUCUCGUUUUGGUAUGACAUUGACUUGUGAAGCGGUAGACACCGUGUACACGUAUGUAUGUGUACUUCGCUGGAUGCGACGUGCUGUCCUGUCAGUCGCCUCAGCGAGAGCUCCCCCACGUAGACGCGAAGCGAGGUUGUACCGUCUAGCAAGAUGCUAAAAUGGGCGUGGUUCUGCGGAGUUCUACCUGCAGCGCGGCGCGAAACUGCCGGUGGUCCCAGUCCCAAGUCAGAAGCACGCCAAGGAGGCUGCCCGCCCACUUGAGCUGCUUCGAUGGGCUGUCAAAACACUGCGCUUCCGCGUGAUUUGGUGUUUGAAGAACGCCGGAAGAUGUGUAGCGCAACUUCAAGUCGGGAGCGAAGCGUUUGAGGGGCCAUCGAGGCGAGCGGAGUCGCGAGGUCAAACGCGGAGAAAGUUCUUAAGAUACAUGCAGCGGGAUUCGAAAGGCAGCACAGAAUGUUAGACGCUAGAUAAGCAAGUUUCCG